CGAGGGCGGCCCCGGGUGGGCGUCCUUCGGCGAAGAUGGCGUAUCAACAAGCGUACGUCAAGCAGGUGAACAGAUGCGCGACGGUCGCGUUCUGUCCGACGUCGCCGUACAUCGCCACCGGGACGAUGGCGGGCGCGAUCGACCUUUCGUUCUCCACGACCGCUUGUUUGGAGGUGUUUAAACUCGACUACGCGAACCCGUCCACGGACAUGCCCCUUGCCGGCGGCGCGGUCGCCGCGAACGAACGCUUCCACAGACUCGUGUGGGGUCCCGCCGGGAGCGACACGAAGGAGACCCCGCACGGGAUCAUCGCGGGGGGGUUGGUUGACGGCAGCGUGAACUUGUAUAAUCCGGCGAAGAUAAUCGGCUCACCAAUCGGCGCGGAACCCUCAGACGGAACCUCUGGCGCGCUGAUCACGAAGAUGCAGAAACACUCCGGUCCGGUCCGCGGGUUAGCGUUCAACUCGUUCAGCCCGAACCUGCUCGCGUCCGGGGCGGAGGACGGCGAGCUGUGCAUAUGGGAUCUCGUGAAGCCGGCCACGCCGAGCCUGUACCCGGGGCUCAAAGGCGGCGCCGGCGGGCAGCCCGGCCCCGGGGAGGUUUCCUACCUCGCGUGGAAUAACAAGGUGCAGCACAUCUUAGCGUCGUCGUCCCUGAACGGCACGACCGUAGUUUGGGAUCUGAAGCGCCAGCGGCCGGUGAUAUCGUUCACGGAUCCGAACAGCAGACGGCGGUGCAGCGCGAUGCAAUGGAAUCCUGAGGUCGCGACGCAGCUCAUCGUCGCGUCCGACGACGAUCGCUCCCCGAGCCUACAGAUCUGGGAUCUUAGGAACUCGAUAUCUCCCGCGCGGGAGUUCGUCGGGCACAGCAAAGGCGUCCUUGCGAUGGCGUGGUCGCACGCGGACCCCGGGAUGUUACUCACCUGCGGGAAAGAUAACCGCACUUUAUGUUGGGAUACGAACGCGGGGGAGAUUCUCGCGGAGCUCCCGGCGUCGUCGAACUGGAACUUCGACGUGCAGUGGUCGUGCACGACCCCGGGCGUUUUGUCCACGAGCUCGUUCGACGGCAGGGUCGGGCUGUACAACCUUCAACAAGCCGCAGCGCCAAACGCAGGAGGCGGCGCCGUCGAUCAGUACGGCGUGCAACAGCCCGGUCCGAAGCAACCGAUGAAGAAAGCGCCGGCGUGGAUGCGACGACCUUGCGGCGCGACGUUCGGGUUCGGCGGGAACCUCGCCGGUUUUGGCGUCCGUUCCGCGGGCGCCGUGGAGGCUGGAGGCGCGGAGGCGGAAAAACCCUCGCCCACGGCGUUGUCGAUCUUCCGUUUACACACCGCGGAGGAGGUCGCGGUGUCCCAGGAGUUCGAAGGCGCGGUCACCGCGGGCGGGAGCGACUCCUUGAAGGAGUUCUGCGAGACAAAGCGCAGCUGCGCGGCGAAAGAAGACGAAGAGACUUGGGGGUUCCUCGGGAUUCUGUUCGAAGAGGACGCGCGACGUGAGCUUCUGAAGCACCUUGACUUUGGCGCCGCGCUCGACGCAAAAGAAAUCGCGGCGACCAACGCAGCGGCGGCGGCGGCAGCCGCGGCUGCGGAAUCUACCGCCGCGGCGACCGCGGCGGCGCCAGACUCCGCCGCGGCGACCGCGACCGCGGAGGCGACACCGCUUGUGGACGGGAACGCGUUUUUUAACAACUUCCCGGCGCCCCCGCCCGCGCCCGCGGAACCGAUCCCAGAGGCACCCGAGCUCGUCGCCGCGCGGCGGAAAGCGGCGGCGAAGGCGGCGGCGAAGGCUGCGGCGGAGAACGAACCGACGGAGAUCCUCGACGCGUCCGACGCGAAAGUGCAACGCGCACUCGUCGUGGGCGACUAUCGCGCCGCAGUUGCCGCGUGUGUCGCCGCGGGUCGUCACGCGGAUGCCCUCGUCCUCGCCUCCGUCGGUGGCGCAGAGCUCUGGGAAGAAACCAGGGCGGCGCACCUCGAGGCGAACAUCAAUCGGCCGUACUUGCGCGUCGCCUCCGCGGUCGUGUCCAACGACCUCGGGGAACUCGUGAAAACGCGCCCGCUCGCGAAGUGGCGCGAGACGCUCGCGAUCCUGUGCACGUACGCCCCCGCGGAGGAGUGGGGCGCGCUCGCGGGCGUGCUCGCCGGUCGUCUCGAGUCCGCGGGGAACGGUCACGCGGCGAGCCUCUGCCACAUAUGCGCGGGCGACGUCGACGCCGCGGUGACGCACUGGAUGGGGUCGUUGCCGGCGGGGAAAGUUGCCCCGAGCGCGAUCCACGGCGUGCUCGAGAAGGCGGUCGUCCUGACGCGCGCGACCGGGCAGGCCAGCGGUACGGGGCUGUCCUCGCUCGCGGUGUCGUACGCGGAGAUGUUAAUCUCCGAAGGGCAGUUGAGCGCGGCGAUUUCUUACCUCGAUAUGGUCCCGGAUGGCGGCGACGCCGUGAAGGACCUGCGCGACAGGAUCACGCAACAGAGCGCGUACGGCCAGACGCAGCAGAGCGCGUACGGCCAGACGCAGCAGAGCGCGUACUCCGCGUACGACUCGACCGCGUCCGCGUAUGGUGGCUCAGCUUCUAUGGGAGGAUACGGCGCGCCGGCGCCGGCGACGGGCGCGUACGCCGCCGCGCCGAUGAUGCCGGGUCAACCCGGGUCGGCGGUCUCCGCGCCGCAGACGACGUCGGUCGCGGCGGCGCCGUCCUUCGACCCUUCCGCGUCCGCUCCGCCCCCGCCGCCUCCUGCCGCGCCCGCCGCGGCGCCUGCGGUGCCGCCGUCGCAGCAAGCGUACGGCGCGCCGGCGCAGAGCGCGACGCCGCAGCACUACCAGACCGCGCCGGCGCAAGCGCCGCCGCAACAGGCACAGUACGCCGCCGCGCCGCCAUCUGCGCACUCCGCGUAUGGCGCGCAGCAGCCGCAGCAGCCGCAGCAGGCCGCGUACGGUCAGCCGCAACAGCCCGGGGCGUACCAAACGACGCCGCCGCCGGCGCACUUCCAGCCGUCGAUGCACUCGCCGAUGCAACCGAUGCAGCCGGCGGUCGCGGCGGCGCCGGUGCAGGCGCCCGCGCCGCCGCCCGCGCCCGUGAUGCCGAAACCGCCCGCGAACCUGAGCAUGCACAACGUUGAGACGGAUAAGGUCUCGCCGUCGCACGCGUCGAUCGUCAAGUCGCUCACAACCCUGUUCAAGGUGUGCGAGGGCGCCGCGGGGGCGAACCCGGCGAGGAAGAAGGAAGUCGAGGACAGCAGCAAGCGCGUCGCCGGGUUGCUUUGGAAGUUGAAUCGCGCGGACGUGUCGCCGAGCGUGUGCGAGAAGUUGACUCAGCUGUGCGCCGCGCUCGACGGGGGCGACGUGGCGACCGCGUCGCAAGUUCAGGUGGCGCUCACGACUCACGACUGGGACGAAGCGAGUUCGUGGUUGAGUGGAUUGAAACGGUUGUUGAAGAUGCGGUCGAGUAUCCAAUGAACUUUUUAAGGUUAGCACCUUUUGUGAUUCCAACCUGACCUAAUGCCGCGGU